CGUGCGCGCGCCGCGGCGGCAGGGUCACAUGACUGACGGGAGCUUCGGCGGCGGGGACGCGCUCAGUCAGUCAGUCAGUUAGUCAGGGUCCGGCCCGGUGAGGACGGUUCCGCCAUGUACCGAGCCUUGUACGCUUUCCGCUCUCCGGAGCCAAAUUCGCUUCAGUUCGGGGCCGGGGAGAACUUCCUGAUCCUGGAGCGGUGUAACCAGCACUGGUGGCUGGCCAGUCGCUGCAGCAGCGGGGACACGGGCUACGUACCGGCCUCCUACCUGGAGAGGAUCAAGGUGCAAGAACAAGACGUUGUACUCCAGUCGAUUGAUCGAGCCAUUGAAGCCAUUCACAACGCAGCCAUGACGAACGGGGGUAAAUACAACCUGGAGCAGAGAGACGUCCUGCAAAAACUUAUCCAUCAUAGGAAAGAAACACAAUCCCGAAAAACUCACUCGCCGACUGGCCGCUCAAAUACCAUGUCGGCUUCUGCCAGUGAUUACCACUUAGAUACUGGGCGACAGCCCAACGGCGUGUGCAGAACUGGUCUGGAUCGGCACAUGAGCUUGCCGAGCUCAGAGAUUCAGUCUGAGGAGGACGGCCAGUAUCAGGUUCCACCUCAGCCCCGACGUGCUGCCCCAAUUACACCUCCUCCUCCGGAAAAACUGAAAAAUGCCCAGCUGUCACAGACUAAAAAAAAUGGUGUCGAUAAAACCUCAAGAUCUAUAUUAAACAUGUCCACUACCAGCAUGUCCUCUCUCGACACCCUGUGCACCACUUCUACAGACUCUUAUCAUCUCACCGGAGCCUCCAGUCCCAGUCACACUCCUCCACCAGUCCCCAGCAGAAGUAUACACACCACAGUGUCCCAGAGUCUGGACGCCUGCACCUCAGUCCCUGGAACUCUAAAUUCCCAUAGUAAACAAACAGCCCCCGCACCCCCCGACAAGGAGGGCACUGCUGAAAUUGACAAGAACCCACAAACCAAGAGAAAUGCCCCGGCCCCUCCCUGCAUAAAAGCCUUCAACACGGUCAACCAGGAGAGCAAAACGAAGUCACCGUCAAAGUCCUUGGCCACGGAAAACUCUGCUGCAACUGUUCCGAAAACCAUCGGUGUCGAGUUAAUUGAACUGGUUAGAAAGAACACAAAUCUCAGCUAUGAACUGUCUCGUGUGGCCAUUGGUGUAAUCGUCGGUCACAUUCAGACAUUGGUCCCGUCUACAGGUCCUGUGAUGGAGAAGAUUCUCAUCUCUCUAGUGGAAAGCAAGGACUCCAGCGCCGGAUUACCUUCUGGACAGAUCUGUCACGACGAGCAGCGGCUGGAGGUCAUCUUCACGGACCUGGCCCGGCACAAAGAUGAUGCUCAGCAGCGCAGCUGGGCCCUCUACGAAGAUGAAAAUGUCAUCCUGUGCUACUUGGAGGAACUCCUCUUAAUUCUGACAGAUGCAGAUCCCGAGGUGUGCAAGAAGAUGUGCAAGAGAAACCAGUUUGAGGCCGUCGUGUCCCUGGUGACUUAUUAUCAGAUGGAGCAUCGAGUCUCGCUUCGCUUGUUACUUCUCAAGUGUUUCGGAGCAAUGUGCAACCUGGAUGCCGCCAUCAUAUCCUCUCUCGUCAACUCUGUCCUUCCCAUGGAGCUGGCCCGUGACAUGCAGACACACACUCAAGAGCACCAGAAAAUGUGUUACUCUGCCUUAGUCUUGUCUAUGAUCUUCUCCAUGGGAGAGCCUCUUCCCUACCAUCAUUACGAGCAUCUCAACUCCCAGUUUUUCCAAUUCCUUCUGGAGGUGAUUGAGGAUGGUCUGCCUUCUGACACAACCGAGCAGCUCCCUGACCUGUUCAUCAAUGUGCUGCUGGCCUUUAACUUGCACAUAGCAGUUCCAGAAAACAAUGUGAUUAUGAAAACUCUGUGUAAACGUCCCAAUGUCAAGAUCUUUACAGAAAAGCUGCUUCUGCUUCUCAACAGAGGAGAUGAUCCAGUCAGUAUCUUCAAGCAUCAGCCUCAGCCCCCGCAUUCUGUGCUGAAGAUCCUGCAGGACGUGUUUGCCAGCUCAGACACGGCGAAUAUCUUCUACAACACGGACAGGAUGGUGAUGAUCGAUAUCAUCGUGCGGCAGAUCGCGGAUCUUUCUCCCGGAGAUAAGCUCCGGAUGGAGUACCUCUCCCUGAUGCACGCCAUCAUCCGCUCCACUGAUUACAUGCAGCACCUGCAUCGCCGGCAGGACCUGCACAGCAUCAUGCAGCGCAUUCUAGCCGAAGAGGAGGAAGAGCCUCACUGCCAGAUGGACAAAAUGAUCAUCCAGCAAAUCUACAAGGAAUUUCCGCAGAUCUCCUCCGAGAGCGUGUGAACGGGCGCGACUAAUGUUUACAAAGCUGCGCCGAUCAUCUGUCUGCAGAGACCUCGGCUUGUUUACGGUAUUACAGCCGCCCUCUUCAUAGCGCCGGCGGCGCGCGGUCUUUUGCUGUAGCUGCAGGGUGUCUGUGCUACUGAAAAGUGAGGAAAUUCAUUUUGGAGGUUUUUUUUCUCUCAUAAUGCUUUUCAGGCCUCACCCUAAAUGCAACCUUCUAUAACCAAUCCGUGAAAUUUUAACUGGAAACUGAAGGUGUCCUUUCCGUUUUGAUCCUCCCGGCUUCACAGAGGAAAACGCUCCAUCUAUUGGUUAAGAUAUUUGUAACGGUAAAAAACGGCACCGGGAUACGUCUCUGGAGGUUCCUGGCACCGCCCGCCACCAUCGAGUCUACCUUGACACUGGUUUAGAUAAUGAAAUGAAGCAGGAUCAUCACAGAAGAAAACUGCACUGGCUUUAUUACAGGCCUUUAUUCGCCCCUUACUGACGCUGGUUAUAAAGGAAAAUGUUUAGCGGGCUUAAAGGGGAAAUGCACUUGCAGUACAUGUGAGGUCACAUGGGUGAAGCCCGUUAUCUCAGACCAGCUCGGAUCUCCUAAAUGGGAUGUAUACAGAGACCAAACCCCUUUGGCAUGACUUAGAGAUGUUUGUUCUGUUGCUUUAAAGUGCUGAGUCCGGUUUUCGGUGACCGAAAUCUCUGAACAGUGCCAAAGGGGUUUGAUCUCUCUAUAGAGGCCUAAUCAGUGGAGGUCCGAGAUCAGUCUUCGCUGUACGCGCGUCUGUGAUCGUCCAGAUCCUGGGAUUUUGUUGCCUUGGUUGACACAUUUUAAAUGGGGGACCCGAUCUUUAUAGCUCGGAAAUUCACUACAUUAGGAUGAAAAGGGCAAGAAGCCCCUACCCCGUUCCCCAUCCUUAAUUUCUUUUACUUAAUCACACAAGUACUUUCUCCAGCGGCCCACGCUUCUGCAGGUAAGUAGGUGACUAUGCCGAUCUUCAUAGGAGCAAGGACAUUCAUUGUAGUCACCUGCUGACGGAAGCGGUUGUCGCUAGGCAACAGCUCAGGCUAAUCUGAGCACUUCUGGACGCCGGCGCAUGCUGGGGGUUGUAGUGAUGAGAACAUCAGAAUAGCAUUUCACUUGUAAAUGACCUGGUAAGUGAUAAGUAAAGGGGUGUCUCACUUGAGACAUUGGUGGCAUAUCGCUAGCAUAUGCCAUCAGAUAGGUGCGGGUCCCACCCCUGAGACCCGCAACUAUCUCUAAAACGGGUCCCCGAAAGUGACGGAUAGUGCACCGUGCUCCAUUAAUUUAUGUG